AUGGGUUGGGUAGGAGCAGGUAUAGCGAUCGCAACGACGGUUUAUUUCUUCUACCGAUACCCUCCCCGAAGCUGGGCCGAGCCGCGUUCUUUCGCCCCUCCGGAGCCCAAGCCCGAGACGCCCCUCGCCGCUACGUCGGAUACACCUGUACAGGAGCAUAGUCAAAGGACCCCGAGCCCACCAGUAACCUCAGAGGAGGACAGCCAAAGUACGCCCAAGGCGUCAGCUUCAAGCGCCCCGCGCCCCGUCCUUGCGGUUCCUGAGUUCAGCCUUGAGGACGAAAGCGGGACAUCACAACCCGCCACGAUGCCCUCCAUACCACAGCCGACAAUUGACACAAAGGCCCAGUCGGUACUGAAGGACAGCAGCAAUGGAGUGCCCAAGCCUUCAUCACAGGCACCAUCCUCCAUGGCCCCUCCACCGCCAAAGCAAUCAGUUCCACCUCGUCCAGCGACCACCAGCUCCUCAAGCCUAAUGCCCCCUCCCUCGAUCCCCCGACCGACACCGCAACCAAACCGAGACCCUAGACUACAACCACCGCGCCUCGGUGGAUCCUCUCUCCUCCCACCCCCAUCCGCUGCCGCCUCCCAACGUGGUCCACCGAUGUCCGGCACUCGCCAAGCCAACAGUACCCUUGCCCCGACACCAGUCACCCUCAAGAAGGCCAGCAAGAGAGUGGUCCUGGAGCCAGGAUAUUCGCCACUUGACUGGGCAGCGUUGGCUUCAAACCCCAACAACCAACUCCGUGGCAAGGGUCUUCCCCGGCACGGUCGCAAGGGCCGGGAUGCUUGGACUUCCUACAAUGGCAAGGUUUACAACAUCUCGCCUUACGCCCCCUAUCACCCCGGUGGAAAGGGCGAGCUCCUCCGAGGCGCAGGCAAAGACUCCGGGCAGUUGUUCAUGGAGAUCCACCCGUGGGUGAACUGGGAUGGGAUCCUUGGAGAGUGUCUUAUCGGGAUUUUGGUCUCGGAGAAUGACAUACAGGCUAAGAAUGCCUUGGACGACAUGGACUAA